GCAAUCAUGUUGACCCCAAAAGCGAUCACAGUCUCGACAAUUGUCCGAAGAAACAUUGGAAUGAUGGCACCAUGCAUGAACAAAGUUUCUGACCCAAUCCAGCAAUUAUUCUUGGACAAAAUCCGUGAAUACAAAUCAAAAAGCUCAGGUGGAAAAUUAGUCGACCCAACUCCUGAAAUCCAGAAUGAAUUAAAAAGCGAUUUGGAGCGACUCGCAACUCAAUACGGAGGUGGUCCUGGAGUUGAUAUGACUCAAUUCCCUAAAUUUAAAUUCGAAGAUCCCAACGUCGAGUACAACAUCACCCAAAAAAACUAA